CAGAGAAAUUUAUUCAACUCUUUCACGCUUUGUCUCUGUCUUGUUGUUCUUCAAGAGAAAAAGAAAAGAAAAACUCUUUUUACGUUCUCUCUAAGGGAAAACCAUCAAGACCGAAACAAUGAGAGAUGAUCAGCAGAAACUGAUCUCAUCAUUCAUGGAGAUUGCUAUUGGUCAAAACAUAGAAACCGCAAUACAAUUCCUAGUGGCAACGAGCUGGAACCUUGAAGAAGCUAUUAACCUCUUUCUCACCCACAGUCAGAAUCAACCUCUGUGUCAACAAAACGCAACAGAACAGUAUUGGAGUGAUUAUCAAGAAGAAGAAAAACAUAUCCCUCCUCCUUUACCUUCAGUUAGGGAUACCCUCUAUGACUAUUAUACUUCUUCCAUUAAUCAAACUCCGGUCCAAGUAUGUCCUGAGAAGAUCUGGGACGCGGAAUCAGAACCGUCAGAUUCGGACACUUCUGUUGAACCAGAUUCGAAACCAGAACCCUCAGAAGAGUCUAGGAGCUUGUCUUCUUUGUACCGUGCUCCUCUGAAACUUCUUUUCCAAGGUACGUUUGAAGAAGCAAAGUCAGCUUCUUCUACACAGAACCUAUGGCUGCUAGUCAAUCUCCAGUCCACGACCGAGUUUGCUUCUCACAUGCUAAACCGAGAUUUAUGGGCUAACGAAGUCGUUUCUCAAGCCAUCGAGUCUAGCUUCAUGUUAUCUCAAGUCUAUGAUGAUACCACCCAAGGACAGAAAAUCUCUAGUUUCUACCGCAUCGAAUCUUCUCCUCCUGUGGUGCUUCUCAUCGAUCCCAUCACUGGUCAGAAGAUGCGUUCUUGGAGCGGCGUGAUCGAACCUCAUGGUUUUGUGGAGGAUUUGAUGAAGUACAUGGAUGAUGGUCCUCAUGAAUACAUGGCUUCUCUACCAAGAAACAAACGUCUUUGCUCUGAAAGCAGCCAGAUUGGGAUGCCCAAACUUGCAGAGUCUUUAGAAGAAACAAAGGAGGGUGAGACUUGUUGUUCAAGCAACCAGACUAUCAGUCACAUUGUGGCACCGUCUUGGGGGCCCGAAUUUGAAAAGUCUGCAGAAGUGAAGAAGCAGGAUGAGACUUGUUUAAGGUAUCCAGAUUUAACAGAAGAGCCAAAGGGAGAGUGUGAUAAAAGCGUUGUGUGCAGUGUCUGUGUUAGGUUUCCAGAUGGGAGAAGAAAGCAGAGGAAGUUUUUCAAGACCGAACCUAUUCAGCUUCUCUGGGCUUUUUGUUAUUCUCAGAUGCUGGAGUCUGAGAAAAAGGCGUUUAAGCUAGUACAAGCGAUCCCUGGUGCUUCCAAGACUCUGGAGUACGGAGAUAACGCAACUUUCGACCAAUCUGGCCUCGCAAACUCAAUGAUCUCUGUUACUUGGGAGUAAAGAUUCACUUACUACAAUUAAUUUUUUUCAUAUGUAAAUUUUGAUUGAUUAAGAAAUACACUGACAAGGUGAAAGAUGAUUAAUGCAUACAUGAUAGCAAACGUUUUAGUAAUUUAAGAAACAUUGUUUGACGGCUAAUACAUAUUUUCUUCACGUUUAUUUAUCUAAUCAUCAAAAUGAUUAGUUGAUUUUAGUUUAC